CGCCCACCACCAUAGCAUUGCAGCCCGAGCGAGAUGUCGGGCAGCACGACUCAGGCUGCCAAGGAGCAGUUCGCUCGAUUUGCGAAAGCCUAUGCGAGUCACCGCCCUGUCAUCCAGCGCGCCCUCACGGGAGGUUUCGUGGCGUAUGUGCUCCUCAAUACGUAUCAGAGCCUUGCCGCAAGGCCGGCUGUCCCAGGUAGAGGUAAAGGAGGUAGCAGAGGGAAAGGGAAGGGCAAGGAGAAAGAAGAGGGGAAAACACCCCGCGUCGCGGUAGAUGCUAUAUUCUAUCAGCGACUAUCUCGGAUUCUGAGAAUAGUCAUUCCAAGUCUCAGGUCUAGGGAGGCCAUUCUGCUCUUCAUGCACUCCAGUCUACUAGUCUUUCGAACAGCGAUCUCCCUUUACGUCGCAUCAUUGGACGGGAAAAUAGUCGCGUCUAUUGUACGAGCACGACCACUGGAGUUCUUCUUCAACAUCCUCCGCUGGCUCUUGGUCGCAAUCCCUGCUACAUGGUGUAACAGUUGGCUGAGCUUCGUAGAAUCUCGGCUGUCCAGUGCCUACCGCACGCGCCUUACGGAUGAAGUGGUCCGAUCCUAUCUGGAGGAUGAAGAAGGUGGAGGCAAGAUUUAUUACAAGAUUUCUAACCUGGACGAUCGAAUAAAGAAUCCUGAUCAGAUGAUAACCCAUGACAUACAACGCUUCUCGGCACAUCUAGCGGCCAUAUACGCCAACAUGGCUAAGCCAGUACUAGACGUCAUCCUGUACAACUACCAACUAUCGCAAAACGUUGGGGCAGAAGGCCUUGUCCUGCUCACUGUACUAGUCCAAGCCUCCGCUGCUCUACUGCGACGCCUCACCCCGCCCUUUGGACAGUAUACCGCCCUCUCCGCGUCGCUCGCAGGCUCCCUGCGGCACACGCAUUCCCGCUUGGCCGAGCACGCCGAGGAGAUCGCGUUCUUCCGUGGCGAGGAGACUGAGAAGAUGCUGCUCGAGAGAGAGUACGCUGGCAUGGUGAUGCACGAAAGGAAGGUCCUCAGGGGACGCUGGUGGCAUGGUAUCGUCGAAGAGGGGAUCGUAAAGUGGCUGUGGGGAAGCUUUGGGUUGUGCAUUUGCGCUAUUCCUGUAUUUUUCAAGCUGCCAGGGGUGUCUGUGGCGGAUCUGGGUGGCAGGACAGAGGGCUUCGUGACGAAUAGGCGGCUGCUCUUGUCCGCGUCCGAUGCAUUCGGCCGUGUUAUGUACUCCUACAAGGACCUAUCUGAACUGGCUGGCUACACCGCACGGGUGUCCCUCUUGCUGGACACGAUGGCAGAUGUGCGCAAGGGCAAACUGGAGAAGGCGCUGGUGAGCAGUGCGAGCACCGAAGAGAAUGCCCGGAUACUGAGAGGGAAGGGAGAAGUGCUCGAGUCCGAGGAGAUAAGGUUCGAGAAUGUGCCCAUAGUUACGCCCAAUGGAGACAUUCUGGUCAAGAGCCUCAGUUUCCACGUGAAGCCUGGAGAACACCUCCUGAUUGUCGGUCCAAACGGAUGUGGCAAGUCGUCCUUAUUCCGGAUAUUAGGCGGGCUAUGGCCUGUUUACGGUGGAGUCGUCCACAAGCCUCCUGCGUCGCAGUUCAUUCUCAUUCCCCAGCGUCCGUACCUGCCGCUGGGUACGCUUCGGGACCAGGUCAUAUACCCUCAUUCAAAGCUGGAUAUGGAAGCUCUAGGACGCACGGACGAAGAACUGCUAGCGAUUCUGUCUGUCGUCCAAAUGGAUCAUAUCGUCGAACGUGAAGGUGGAUGGGAUGCGGCCAAAGAAUGGAGGGACGCGCUGAGCGGCGGAGAUAAACAGAAGAUUGCCUGGGCGAGGCUGUUUUACCACAGACCGAAGUAUGCUGUCUUGGACGAAGCCACGUCGCUCGUGCCAACGGAGAUGGAAGGUCGUAUGAUGGACCAUGCUACGGAGCUAGGCAUAACCCUGCUGACAGUGUCCCAUCGCCCAUCGUUAUGGAAAUACCAUUCCAUGAUACUUCAAUACGAUGGGCAGGGCGGGUACGUCUUCACAAAGCUAGACGCAGAGAAGCGGCUGGCACUUCAGGAGGAGAAGCAGGCUUUGGAAACGAAGUUAUUGGAAGUGUGA